AUCUUCAACAAGCUCAACAAGAUGUGGAGGCUUUUCAAUAUAGAUCUGUUUGUCAACAGAUUAAACAUCCAACUGCCAACAUACAUCUCUUGGUUCUCAGAUCCGAUAUCAAUAGCAGUGAAUGCAUUUACACAGAAAUAGGCACCAAUAAGAGGUUAUGUCAAUCCUCUAUAAACAUUGAUACCAAGAAUUUUAGCCAAAAUACAGAAAAAGCAAGCAGCAAUUUGCAUCGUAAUACCUCUUUGGACAUUAGCAAUUUGGGUACCUACCUUAUUACAAUACUCUUUAGCAAUUAUACAUAUAGCUUAUUUCUAGAAAUGCCUCAAAGAAAAGGAGUUUUAAAGGAAGCAAUUGAAUUAUCAUGCAAAUUGCUAGAUCUCAACUUGACCACCACUGUUUUAUCUAACCUGUGA